AUGCCGGCUUUCAACAUGAGUACAAGACAGAAUGGGAUAUACCAUCGUUACUAGCAACUCAUAUAUUUCCUUAUUUAACAUCCACAACAUUCUUUUUAAAUCCUUGUGAUCUAAGUUAAACAACUCAUUCGGGUGGAAUCGAAAAAUGGAAGAGAGUGGUGGAGAUAAGAAAGAUGGGCUUUUUAGAUAUGCCGAAGGGUACGAUAAGCUUCUUAUGUUUUUUGGGACGUUAGGGAGCAUCGGAGAUGGGUUGCAGAUCCCGUUAAUGAUGUAUGUGCUUAGCGAUGUCAUUAACAUUUAUGGAAACCGGGAUGCCAAGGUCACUAACUCUACCGUUGAUAAGUAUUCUCUCAGGUUGCUCUAUGUUGCAAUAUUAGUUGGCCUAUCUGCUUUUGUUGAAGGACUAUGUUGGGCUAGGACCGCCGAGAGACAAACUUCUCGAAUGAGAUUAGAGUACCUGAAAUCUGUCCUUAAACAAGAUGUAGCUUUCUUUGACACCCAAGAAGCUGGAUCAUCUACAACAUACCAAGUUGUUUCAACUAUCUCAGCUGAUUCCAACACAAUCCAAAUCACAAUUGGAGAAAAGAUACCGAAUUGUAUUGCCUACUUGUCAUCCUUCUUCUUCUGCCACGCGUUCGCAUUCGCUCUAUCGUGGCGGCUUACACUGGCGGCUCUUCCAUUCUCUGUCAUGUUUCUUGUUCCGGCUCUCGGAUUUGGUAAACACAUGAUGGAUGUAGCAAUGGCUAUGGUUGCAUCAUAUGGCACUGCUGGUAGUAUUGCAGAACAAGCAAUUUCCUCCAUAAGAACUGUUUAUUCUUAUGUUGGAGAGAAUCAAACCCUUUAUCAGUUCAGCAAGGCCCUGCAAAAGACCAUGGAGUUAGGAAUCAAACAAGGUUUGGCUAGAGGACUAAUGCUUGGAAGCAUGGGAAUAAUAUAUGUUAGUUGGGCUUUUCAGGCUUGGGUUGGAUCUCUUCUUGUCACUAAACAUAAUGAAAAGGGUGGAGAUGUAUUUGUGGCGGGAUUUAAUGUGCUCAUGGGAGGAUUGAAUGUCUUGACAAUACUUCCAAAUCUUACUGCCAUAACGGAGUCGCAAGGGGCUGCUACUAGAAUCAAUGAAAUGAUCAACAGAAAUCCAACUAUAGAUUCUGAAGACAAGAAAGGAAAGGCAUUGUCAUACGUAAGAGGCGAAAUCGAAUUCAAGGGGAUCUAUUUUAGCUACCCAUCAAGGCCAGAUACUACAAUUCUACAAGGUUUAAAUCUACGAGUACCAGCCGGGAAAACUGUUGGUCUAGUUGGAGGCAGUGGUUCAGGAAAAUCGACCAUUGUGUCGCUGAUCCAACGGUUUUAUGAUCCGCAAGAGGGUGAAAUUAUCUUGGAUGGAUACAAGAUAAAGAAACUUCAUCUCAAAUGGUUAAGAUCACAAAUGGGUUUGGUUAAUCAAGAGCCCAUUCUAUUUGCAACAUCUAUUAAAGAGAAUAUAUUGUUUGGGAAAGAAGGAGCAUCCAUGGAUGAUGUUGUAGCAGCAGCCAAGGAUGCGAAUGCACACGAAUUCAUUGUUAAGUUGCCAGACGGAUAUGAAACCAAUGUUGGACAAUUUGGAUUCCAGCUAUCAGGUGGGCAAAAGCAACGAAUCGCGAUCGCUCGUGCUCUAAUAAGAGAUCCAAAAAUCCUGCUACUUGAUGAAGCUACAAGUGCGCUCGAUACACAAUCCGAAAGAGUCGUGCAAGAAGCCAUAGAUCAAGCAUCGGUUGGGAGGACGACAAUAACAAUUGCACAUCGCCUCUCAACAAUUAGGAAGGCUAAUCUAAUCUACGUGCUUCAAUCAGGGAAAGUAAUUGAAUCGGGUUCACAUGAUGAGCUAAUGCAAAUGAACAAUGAGUAUUUCAAAAUGGUUCAGUUGCAGCAAUCUGCUCCAGAAACUCAAUUCAUUGAGAGAUCUAGCAAUCACACUAGUCAUCAUAGAGCCAUGGUUGCACCAAGUCCGGUAAGUACAAUGUCAAGUGCACCAGGAACCCCAUCUCUAAACCCAUUCAGUCCGGCAUUCUCUCUUAGCGCACCUUAUUCUGUCCAAUUUGAUGCGUCAUAUGAUAGCGAAGACGAAGAUAGUUACUCAAACAAACGAUCUUACCAAGCUCCUUCCCAGUUGCGGUUACUGCAAAUGAAUGCACCCGAAUGGCGACAAGCCUUGUAUGGGUGCUUUGGAGCUUUAGCUUCCGGUGCAGUCCAACCAAUUAACGCUUACUGUGUAGGCGCAAUGAUUAAUGUUUACUUCAGGCCUGACAAAUCUACCAUUGUGCGCCAUGCAAGAAACUACUCAUUUGUGUUCUUAGGACUUGGAGUUUUCAACUUCUUAACUAGUGUCAUCCAACACUAUUAUUUCGCGGUAAUGGGAGAAAAGUUAACCACAAGAAUAAGAGAGAAACUACUCGAAAAACUCUUGACUUUCGAGAUUGGAUGGUAUGAUCUAGAUGAAAACACGAGUGCAGCUAUUUGUGCGCGUUUGUCAACUGAAGCUAACAUGGUUCGUUCACUCGUUGGAGACCGUUUAUCUUUACUAACUCAAGCGGUUUUUGGCGCAUUUUUUGCGUAUGGACUAGGACUUAUACUCUCAUGGAGGCUAGCCUUGGUGUUAAUGGCUGCACAACCCUUUCUCAUUGGUAGUUUCUAUGCUAGAAGUGUUCUAAUGAAAAGUUUAUCUGAAAAGGCUCAAAAGGCCCAAAAAGAAGGUAGUCAGUUAGCGAGUGAAGCAGUGGUUAACCAUCGAACGAUAACCGCAUUCUCUUCACAGAAACGAGUAGUUGGACUGUUUAAGGACACCUUAGAAGGUCCUAGGAAAGAAAGCAUAAGGCAAUCUUAUUACUCAGGUAUCGGUCUAUUUAGUUCUCAGUUUCUUGCAGCAGCAUCAACAGCAUUGGCAUAUUGGUAUGGUGGUAGGUUAUUAACAGAAAGAUUAAUAGCUCCAGAGAAGCUUUUUCAAGCAUUUCUAUUAUUGUUGUUCACCGCAUACACAAUAGCCGACGCCGGAAGCAUGACUAAAGACAUCUCAAGAGGAAGCAACGCGGUUGGUGCUGUCUUCGCAGUUCUUGACAAAAAAAGCGAAAUCGACCCAGAUACUUCAUGGGGCCGUGAUAUUAUCAAAGGCUCCAUUCGGGGUCGUGUUGAGUUAAAAAAUGUGUUCUUUGCAUACCCGUCUAGACCGGAUCAAAUGGUGUUCAAAGGACUAAACCUUAAAAUAAGACAAGGUACUUCAAUGGCGCUUGUUGGCCCGAGUGGAUCUGGGAAGUCUACCAUCAUAGGGUUGAUCGAAAGGUUCUACGACCCGUUGAAAGGUGGUGUAUUUAUCGAUGAACGGGAUAUAAAAGACUAUAACUUACGAGCUUUAAGGUCACAUAUCGCGUUAGUGAGUCAAGAACCAACCCUUUUUGCUGGCACUAUCCAUGAAAACAUUGCCUAUGGGAAACCAGAUGCUACAGAAUCUGAGAUCAGGAAGGCUGCAAUGAAAGCCAAUGCUCAUGAAUUCAUAAGUGGAAUGAAAGAUGGUUAUGACACAUACUGUGGAGAAAGGGGAGUGCAACUCUCCGGUGGUCAAAAACAAAGAAUAGCAUUGGCUCGUGCAAUGCUCAAGAACCCGAGUAUUCUAUUGUUGGACGAGGCAACAAGUGCUCUUGAUACAGUGUCUGAGAGUCUUGUUCAAGAAGCAUUGGAGAAAAUGAUGAAUGGGAGGACAUGCAUUGUGGUGGCUCACCGUCUUUCCACCAUACAAAACUCUGACUCCAUCGCGGUGAUUCAAGAUGGUAAGGUGGCAGAGCAAGGGUCUCAUUCUGAUUUGCUCUCUGUUCGUGGGGGGGCAUACUCGAACCUCGUGAAAAUGCAAGGAGCUAACUCGCCUUACCGGUGAUUCAACACCAUGGUUCAGUGAGUUUGGUACUUCAUUGUUUUGUAAAUUAGUGUGGAAUGGAUUGUAUUUGAGAUGUAUCCUUUAUAUAUUUUUUAAUGAAUAACUACCAAAAUUGAAGUACUAGAAUUUACAUGUUAA